AUGAAAAUUAAAGGAAGAAUACUUACAAACUUGAUAAAAAAAAAAAUAGAAACUUCUGAUAACAAAAAAAGAUGUAAAUUUUUUAAAUCAUUUAAAAGAAUAGCCUUCCCCAUUUUUUUUUUUUUUUUUAUAAUACAUAUAUACUUUAUAAAAUGUGUAUGUUUUAAGUUAUUAAAAGAGCAGAAUAAGUUUAAUUAUGAUAAAUAUUUGUUUUGUGAAAAUAAAAUAAAUGAUCAUUAUUCAAGGAAAAAUUAUCUAAAUUAUAAGAGUAGACGUGCUUUUAAAAAAAACAUAUUUAAUUACAACAAUAAAUUUAGAUUAAGAAGUGAAAAAGUAGAUCAAAUAAUUGAAAGCUUAAAGAAAUUAACCUUAUUAGAAGCAAGUGAGUUAGUAAAGAAAAUAGAAAUUACUUUUUCAGUAGAUACAAAACAAAAUAUAAAUAACUCUAAAAAUGGCCAAGAGAAUCAGCAAAAUGAAUCUGAUUCUAAAGAAAAUGAAGAAGAAGAAGAAAAUAAGGUGUAUGAUUUAAUUUUAGAAAAUAUAGAGCCUAACAAAAAAAUACCUAUAAUUAAAAUUGUCAAAGAAAUAAAAAAGGAUUUGAAUCUAAAACAAGCAAAAGACUUAGUUGAUAAUUUACCUCAAACACUUUUCGAAAAAAUUAAUAAAGAAACAGCUGAUAAGUGGAAAACAAAAUUAACAGAUGCAGGAGGAGUUGUUAAAUUAAAAUAA